AAAAGGCUUAAAUCCAGGAUAGGAUUGCUAUAGCAUCACUCAGUCUAUCAGCCACCAUGCGUGGAAAGAUCAUCUUCUACGAGGACAAGAACUUCCAGGGUCGCUUCUAUGAGACCAGCAGCGACUGCGCCGACAUGUCCUCCCACCUGAGCAGGUGCCAAUCCUGCAAGGUGGAGAGCGGCUGCUUCAUCGUAUAUGACCGUCCCAACUACGUGGGUCAACAGUACUUUCUGAGAAGGGGCGAGUACUCUGACUACCAGCGUAUGACGGGCUUUAGUGACUGCAUCAGGUCCUGUCGUAUGAUCCCAACGUACCAAGGGUCCUACAGAAUCCGGAUCUAUGAGAUGGAAAACUUCGGGGGUCAAAUGAACGAGCUGAUGGACGACUGCGACAACAUUCAGGACCGUUACCACAUGUCUGACUGCAUGUCCUGCCAUGUGAUGGACGGCCACUGGCUGAUGUACGAGCAGCCGCAGUACCAAGGCAGGAUGAUGUACCUGCGUCCCGGAGAGUACCGGAGCUUCAGGGACAUGGGAUACGACCGAAUGAGAUUCAGCUCCAUCAGGCGCAUCACUGACUCCUGUUAA